CCUGUCCUCUAAGCCAAACAGGUGCGAGUGGGCGUGUCCAGGCGAGUCGCGCCGGGGUAGAAACAGAACCGAGCAGCAGCGGAUACGGUUUAUUCGAGAAUGGCGGCUGCUGCGUGUAGUACGCAGAGCACUCUGAACCCAUGCACUGGCAAACUGCACAGAGAGCAUCUGCGGAAAAGUAAAGAUUCGCGGAGGAGACAAGCUGCGCUUUUGUUUCUCACUAAUAUAUCAUUGGACGGUCGGCCUGUGCGGAACAAUGUGAGCGCAGCGGGCCCAAGUGAUGCCGAGUUUCAGUGCUCUGACAACGGCGCGACUGUGAGCGAACUGUCCGCUGCGGCGAGUAGCGAUGGGACCUUCUCCAGCCUCUUUGUCCCCAGACUCGGGCUGCUCAACGUCCCGCCCAUCCUGGUUCUGCCGUCGGAUUCUGGGUUCAGUAACGCCGGGAGCACCGAGAUGUUCCUGGAGAGGGAGAGGGAGAGGGGCUCGUUCUCCUCGCAGAGCAAUCUCCUGUCCCCGUGCAGUCUGCAGCCCAGUCCGCUCGGAGCGCGGAAGUCUCCGACGCUGCUGUCAGUGCAGAGCUGCGGCUCUUCGCUGGAGUCUCGACCGCGGAGUCGGAACCCAUCUGGCUCUCCUCGUCCACGCUCUGUGAAGAAAGUCCACUUUAUUAAGAACAUGAGGCAGUACGACACCAGGGGCAGCAGGAUCGUGCUUAUCUGCGCCAAAGGGUCUUUGUGUGCCGCCUUCUCUGUGCUGCCUUAUGGAGAGAGCUUCCAUAUCAGUGACCCUCGUCUGGAUGCUCAGCGGUGGAGGCACUCAUCUGAAGGAAUGUCCACCACCCUAGAGAUGCUUCCCGGGCUGGAGGGGGUGGAGCUGGGCAUGUACGGCAGGACGGUGUCGUACGCUCAGUUCCUGUACCCCACUAAUGCUCUGGACCACCACAAGCCCGCAGUGGAUCUCGCUCUACCCAUGCCAUAUUCCAGAAACAGCAUCCCUUGCAGUUAUCCUCCCUCUCGCCUCAACAGCACCGUCGGCCUGGACCUGGGCGUUGAAGACCCUGACUAUGACCCUAAUAUGCUCAGUGACCCACGGUGGCCAUGUGGAAAACACAAAAGAGUGCUCAUCUUUGCCUCUUACAUGACAACAGUAAUAGAGUAUGUCAAACCGUCAGAUCUGAAGAAGGACAUGAAUGAGACCUUUAAGGAAAAAUUCCCCCACAUAAAACUCACACUGAGCAAAAUCAGAAGUCUGAAGAGGGAAAUCCAUUCAGUAGGAGAGGAGUCUUCCUUGCAGCCGGUCACCAUAGCCAUGGCAUUUGUGUACUUUGAGAAGCUGGUCCUACAGGGGCGUCUCAACAAGCAGAACAGGAAGCUGGUGGCGGCCGCGUGCAUUCUACUCGCCGCCAAGAUCAGCAGCGACCUGAAGAAACAAGAGGUCAAGCAACUGAUCGACAAACUAGAGGAGAGGUUCCGGAUUAGCCGUCGAGAGCUGAUUGCUUUAGAGUUCACUAUCUUGGUGGCUCUGGAAAUGGCACUUUACCUACCGGAGAGUAAAGUCAUGCCCCACUACCGCAGACUGGUGCAGCAGACCUGACGUGGGUAGAGCGGAGGGCUCAGGAACGUUGUGAAUAUGCAGAUGAGAUGCAUAAAGCAGUCAAAAGUGUGGGACUCCGCGUUCCCUCCAUUGCAGUUUGAGGUAACAGAGCGAAUACAUAUCAACACGAAGCUCUAAGGAAGAACUGACGUUCCAAAUGAUGCUUUAUAUAGCAAUCUGGCCAGCGGCUUUUCUUUUCAUGGCUGUCUGUUUUUGUGACCACCAUGGGAAUACUGCUGAGGAAAACCGCACAGAUCUUCUUUUAUUGAAAACAGAAGGUUUUAAGACUCAAAUGACAAGGGAGAAGCUUUAACUCCUGCUACUUCACUUGUGUGCAUGCAUGUUUGUAACAUUCCGUAUCUAUUUACCAUAAAUAACUUUUAUUUUAGACCUCUCCUUUUGUAUAGAACAACCUACCAUUCACUGUAUCACUAAAGCACUUUAAAACAACAAAAAAAACAACAACUAAGCAUGUAAACGUUAUGCAAUAAUAAUAUAGUCAUUAGCACAGAUCACAUAAUAUACUGUAUAUGCACUUACUUUAGUAGCGUACUCAGAAAGUGUUAUUGAGUGACUGACUAAAUCUACCUUAAUAUUCAGACCUAAUAUGUUCACUGUCGUUGAUAAGGCUUGAUUUUACUGUGAAGAGUGCUCUAUAUUAGAGCUGAUUUCAAGAAAAGCACAUUUUCAGUGCUGCCGUGGUAUUCUCACUUUUUCUUUUUUUUAUAGAAUUUUUUAAAAAUCCUCUUUUAAAUUCCACAGAAGA